CAUCGGCAACCGCGGAUUUUCCUCAGGAAGAUUUGAGAGACUAAAUGAGUUCACCAAAUGACAAAGAUGGGGCUGAUGUGGGUACAGAAGUCCUGAAUGUUACCCAGGGAGAGGAGGCACUCGACUCCCUGCUGGAAGAUGACGGAAAGGGAAACGCCAAGCUAGAUAACACAUCACAAAAUUCUCUGAAUAGUGAGGUUAUGGAUAAUACCUCUGACCUCUCGGCGGAUUCAUUGGUACAGUCAACGGACUCUGCAAUAGCUGUGUCUCCUGACCUGGAACCAGACCAGGAGGCUCAAGAUUUUGGUAAAAAGGAGACAGUUGUUCUGAACAGCAAUGGGCCAACAGGAGGUUCAGAGGUUGAGCAGCAGAAGGGAGAGCAGAAGGGGGAGGAAGCAAAUAAAGGUGAAGAGGACAGAAGCAAAAUACAGGCGACUGUCAUACAAGACAAGCAGGAAGUAAAGCAGGAUAAUCAGCAAACAGAAGAGGAUAAAGACAGCAGGAAUGAGAGAGUACAGGUACACUCAGAAGUGGAAUAUAAUGAUGCUAUACCUAUUCCAAGUUCCCAGAAUGGAACUACAUCUUCAGGGGAUGAACUUCAGCAGUUACAGACAGAGGAACUUUCAGAUGAUAACCAUAGAUAUGAAGAUUGUUUGCCUGGUGGUAUUUCUUCUGAAUAUGAGGAAUGUGACCCGGGAGAAAGUUCGCUUAGUGGCAGAAAAAUGUACCAUAGUUCUGUCUUUAUUGGUUAUGAAGAGAUUGGGAUACAAAACAAGUCAAGGGAUACAACUUGCAUAACUAGUGUGGAAAAAUCAGUAAAAGAGAAACUUGAAGUGCUGAAUGAGUUGCAAGAAGUCAAGGUAGAUCAUAUACAACAAGUAAAUAGCAAGGAUCAGUCUGAAGAAAGAUCUCAGAAAGAGAUAUGUAAAGAGCAUCAUGAAAAAGAAGAUGAAAGUACGAAAUCUUUAUUACGUCUCGAAGUGCCUUCUCUUUCACAGCAGCAAGAAAAUACUAUCUGUUCACGAGAACUUGAAAAGCCCAAAUCCUUGAAUGUUCUUAAAAACUAUGAACACUCAUUGCAGCACGAAGAGACAGAAUACUUAAAACCCAAAGAAAUAGAGUGCAUACAGCAAAAUGUAGAAGUUGAUAUUUCACAGCAACAUGCAAAGGCAGAUUCCAUGCAAUAUAAGGCAAUGGACCCCUCACACCCUCAAGAAACAGACCCUUCGUGGUAUUACAAAGAAACUGGAAACUUACAACUUGAUGAUGAAGACUAUUCACCACAGUAUGAAGAGGCUAAAGAUUAUCUGGAGUGUGAAGAGGAAAAAUGUUCGGAACAGUUUAAAUCAACAUUUUACUACAGGGAACAAAGCAGCAUAGUAUCAGACACAUCAAAGCAACAGGCUGCAGCAUCAGACCAAGAAAUAGAAGCAAAGGAAUUAGAGCAGAGUUCUGAUACAGAUUCCAUGGUUACGGCACAAUCACGUCAGAUCCCACUGAAAGAAAACAGUUCUGAAGAGGAUGGCUAUGAAGAAGAGGAGGAAGAUGAAGAGGAUGUUAGUGAAAGUGAAAUGGUUGUUUCAGCAUCAAUCCAGUUUCCUCUUGCUAAAAAGGCUGACAAGGAGCCUAGUGCAGAAGAUGGCAGUGAAUGCAAGGAGGAGGCAGAGGAGCCUCAGGCCAUUGCAUCACCAGAAAUAAACGAAGGAGUCACAGUCCAAGUCCAGCAUCUGGUUACACAACAGCCUCCCCCCAAAGAAGGCAGCCCUUCAGGUUGUGAAAGCGAUGUGGAAGAUAACACCGAAGAGGACUCGAAGAGCAUAUCCGAGUCAUCUCUCCCUGUGCCUCUGGCGUCAACCCCGAGUCGCAUUCCCAGCUCUGUGCAGUUGCCUGAAACCGUUUCGCGGCUGGAUACCCCAUUUGGUAGUUCUGUCUUCCUGGUGGGGACGGCACAUUUCUCACGGGAGAGCCAAGAGGAUGUUGCUACUACAAUCAGAACAGUCAAACCUGACAUAGUCGUUGUGGAAUUGUGUAAAGCACGUACUGCCAUCCUUCAGCUGGAUGAGGAAACAAUCCUUCAGGAGUCAAGAAGCCUUGACUUCAAAAAAGUACAAAUGAUCAUGAAACAGCAUGGAAAGAUCCAAGGCAUUUUGUACUUGCUUCUUCUCUCUUUGUCUGCACACAUCACAAAACAGCUGGGAAUGGCACCAGGAGGAGAAUUCCGAACAGCUUUCUCUGAGGCACGCAGAUCAGCUCCAGGUUGCCUAAUACAGUUGGGUGAUAGGCCAAUCCAAGUCACAUUGUCUCGUGCCUUAGCGUCACUCUCUCUCUGGCAUAAAGUGAAGCUUACCUGGCAUAUACUUACAUCAAAAGAACCAAUUAGCAAGGAAGAAGUGGAAAAGUGCAAGCAGAGAGAUUUUAUAGAAGAAAUGCUUGCAGAGAUGACAGGGCAAUUUCCUGCAAUUAGUGAAGUGUUUGUUAAGGAAAGAGAUAUUUACCUGUGUCGGUCCCUCCAAGCUGCUGCUCAACCAGUUCCGAACCCCAUGUCACCCACUGGUAUGUCACCACGUGUUGUUGUUGGAGUGGUUGGUAUUGGUCACGUUCCUGGAAUCGUAGAACACUGGGGCAAGAUUACCGAUGAAGACAUUCCUCCUAUCAUGAGGAUACCACCGCCCAGUUUAUCAAGCCAAAUCCUGAAGGUCUCUGCCAAGAUUACAAUGUACAGUCUCAUUGGGUAUGGUGUGUAUAAGUGUUUGCCAAGUGCGGCUAAGUCCAUGAUCCACUCUUCUGUCCAAUCUACGGUGUUGACGCUGAAAUCCCUACCAGAACAAUGGACAAAGUGCUUGAUAAACUGCAAUAUGAUGAUCUUACACAAAUUGAAUGAAACUCACUGUACGGGAAGAAAAGAAGAAAAUAUUAUGGAAGGAAUUGAAAAAGUUAUAGAUAGCCCUACAUUUGCAGAAACAUCAACACUGCCAUUAAACACUGAUUCCAGAUGUAAAAAACAAUUAGAAUCCAUUAGUGAUCAUGCAACUCUUCAGCCAAUCAGUCGUGUAGGUGGAGGAAAUGGGGAAACAGAAUGCACGAGUGAAAGUUCCAGCUCCUACAAAGAGAAGAGCAAACCUUUCAAUCUUAGAGCCAACAAGACAGGAGGAGGUUUAUAUCCUCUGCUCCUGGCUGGAGAAUUGAAAGAAGGUGAAUGUGAAGGUAACGAAGGUGCACAUUCUGAUUUGCCAACAAGCAAAAAAAGAAGGAAAAUGUGUGAAGAACAUGCUUUGUCUUUGAUAGCCCCUGGAACUAGGGAAGAGGAGGUUAUAUCUUGUGUGAAAGGAUUAAAUAACUGCGAUAAGGUUGAUAAACCUUCUGCAUUAAGUGUGCCAGAUUUAGUUUUUAAUAAUUUGAAAAAGGAAGAAAGAAGAGUGAGUGAUGAAUCCGAGCCGAGUACAUUGAGUGUGAGAAAUACACCAGAAUACAUAGGAUGCCAUCAAGCUGAAGAUGAAUAUGAGCAUGUUGUGUGUGGUCUCAUAUAUUGUGCAUCGUCAUUUCCAGGUUCAAGUAUUGACAUGGUAAAAUUCAAUGCUGAUCAGAUUGAGGGUUGUAAGUGUGCAGGUACUUGUUCUAAGGACUGCACUUGCAUUGUUCAAUUUGGACAACCAUAUAAAGAUGGAAAACUUGAUGCAGGUUAUGGAAUCAACCCUAUAUUUGAGUGCAAUGAUGAAUGUGGUUGUGAUGAAUGUUGUCCUAAUCGCCUAGUCCAAAAAGGCCCAUUGAAUGGAUUAGAAAUUACAUUAUAUUCAGAGAAGGGUUUUGGUGUUCGAACUACAUAUUUCAUUCCCCAAAAUUCAUUUGUGUGUGAAUAUGCUGGGGAACUCAUCAGCAUCCAAGAAGCAAAAAUUAGAUUUGAAAAACAAAAGGAAAAUGAGUCCAAUUACAUUUUAGUAAUGAGAGAGCAUUUUGGAGGUGAAAAGACUGGACCACAGAUUACAGUCGUCGAUCCUACAGUUAUUGGAAAUUUGGGGCGAUACAUUAACCAUUCUUGCAGUCCAAAUUUGAUAGUCGUUCCAGUUAGAAUAGACAGUAUGGUUCCAGUGGCAGCAUUAUUUGCCAUUCGAGAUAUACAGCCAGGAGAAGAGCUCUGCUAUGACUACGAUUCCAGCAACAACAUCAGCGGAGCCUCUCAGCUUGCUAUGAAUAUGUCGUCAUUACAGAGAGGGAGAAGCAGCUUAUUCAGAGACCUUUCAUUUGAAGAUGCUCAGAACAGUGUUACAUCAUCUGCAGUGGCUACAAGCUCAGGAGAAAAUCAAGAAAAUUACUCCCAAAGUGGCUACAAGCAACAAGAACAGGUUAUGAAGAUGCUAAAUGUUGCUCAUGAAUCAGGAUCCAAACCAGUGAUCUCCAAACCAUGUUUGUGUGGAUCAGAAAAUUGUAAGGUGUUCUUACCUGUAAACAAUAUGUUGUUUUAG